UGACAGUUUGUUGUCAUUUGAAUCAAGUAGAUUAUUAUUAAAAAAAUAAUAAUUUAUUCAUGUAUUCUAAAAAGAAUGGACUAUUUUGAAAUAAUCUGUCGAACAUGUUCUUCUGAAGGUGUAUUAAGAUCAUUAUUCAGUAUGGGCUCCGUAAAACUAUCUGAAAUGUUAACUGAAAUUUCUGGCAUUGAGGUAAUCGAAAAUGAUAAUUAUCCACAAUAUAUAUGCACAAUUUGUGUAGAUAAACUGAAUUCCGCAUAUAUGUUUAAAAAGCAAUGCCACGAAGUUAAUAAAAAAUUUAAGGAGUAUUUAGAUAAUUUAAAUAUUAAAAUUGAACCGAUAUCAGUAAAAGAAGAAAAUAAUUUAGUUGUUGAAGAUGACUUCGAAAACAAUUGUCAAUCACCCAACAAUUUUGAUAAAGAACAUUUACAAACGGAGCAUAAUUCAAAACCGAAGAAGAAAAGUGGUCAAACUUGUCAGAUAUGUAAUAAGAGUGUUGUAGGUUUGGCACAACAUUUACGAAUACAUAGAGGGGAGAAACCUCAUGUUUGCAAAAUUUGUGGACGUGGUUUUACACAAAAAAGUAGUUUAACGGACCAUAUAUUUGUUCAUACAAAAGAAAAGCCUUUUAAAUGCUCUCAAUGUGACAAGGCUUAUAAUCGUAGGAGACGUUUAAAUCAUCAUAUCCGAAUAAAACAUACACCUGGAGAAAAUUAUCAGAAAUCAGUUUCGGAACGAAAUAAAAUCUCUAGUGGGGAAUCAUACGAACGGAAUAAUAUCCGUAGUGGGGAAUCAUAUGAAUGUAACGAGUGUCAUAAAAAAUUUUGGAAGAAAGGAGCUUUAGCUGUUCAUAAAUUAUAUCAUCGAGAAAAGUCAUAUUUAUGCAGUUACUGUGGAAAAGGUUUCGUUUUUAUGAAACAACUUUCAAUUCAUCUAAGAAUGCAUACUGGGGAGCGUCCCUUUAAAUGUACAAUAUGUGAAAAAUCAUUUUCUUUAGAGAGUUCAUUAAGCACGCAUCGACUUAUACAUAGUGAAGAAAAACGUUUUAAAUGUUCGUAUUGUGAAAAAAAAUUUACUACUAGAAGUGCUUAUAAUACUCAUCGAUUAAUUCAUACCGGUGAUAAACCGUUUAAAUGUGAUAUUUGUAAUCAAAAUUUUAGACAUAAACGAACUUUAAAAUUGCAUGUUGUAACACACACGGGAGAACGACCUCACACAUGUAAAUUGUGUGAAAAAUCAUUUACACAGGACAGUGCAUUAAAAACACAUCAGUUAACACAUACGGGGGAAAAACGACAUAAAUGCAGUGUUUGUGAUAAAAAAUUUGCUCUCAAAGGAAAUCUUACGGUACAUAUGCGAACUCACACGGGCGAAACACCUUAUGCCUGUUCGAUCUGUCAUAAAGGAUUUCAUGAUUCGAGUAGCAUGAAAAAACAUACGAAAAAACAUGAAGUUGUAAAAAAUGAGACUGAACAAGUGAAAUCACUUGAAGUGCUGUAAAAUCAUAUUUUCAACUCCAGCUAUACUUGACGAUUAGAUAAUAGUUUUUUGAGAUACCUUCAGAAUCACUACGAAAUAAAAACUUUUCAUGCAGGAUUUUAGGCGAUAUCUCAGGGUUCAUCACAUUCCGAAACACAAGUUUUUUUCUCGACUUUUUCAAAGGGUUACACCUUAAGAAGAAAGCCCUCAAAUCUCCGGUUUGGGUAAUAAUCAUUUUUUUAAAUGAUUUUCAUCCAAAAGGUACUUAAAUCGUGUCGUUUAGGUGAUCAAUAAAUCAGAAACUUGUCGUUCAAUCGCAAAAUCAACCAGAUUUUUGUGUCCUUGCUAUUUGCCUCCUAAUUAUGUAUGACAAUUGGGACCCCAAAAUAAUGCAGCCACUGUUUUCCCAAAAUAAAAUUCCCAGACUUUUCCAGGUUUUCCGGUUGAAUAAUUCCAAAAUUCUAUGACCAAAUUAUUACUUUUAAAUUAUUUUGAAAUAAAGUGGGGCGAUAUCUUGGAAUCGUUUCGAAAUAAAAACUCUUCGUACAGGUUUUUAGGUGAAAUCUCAAAAAUACUCCCCCAAUCGUUGAAUGAACCUAAACUUAGUGUUUUAUGAGGCAAAAUAAUCCUAUAUACGAGGAUUCACCAAAUUCCGAAACAUAAAUUUUGUUUUGAUUUUCUCUGAAAUAUCGAUCAAAAUCUCAUGCAAAAAGUGAUUUGCCGAAGCGAGAAGAAACUCUAAUUUGGAAUGAAUAAAAAAACAAUAACUCGGAAUUUAAAUGAAU